AGCUGACAGAAUCAAAAACAAAAAACAGUGUCCCAGAAAAUGUUUUAACAGCAAAAUUUUUAUGAAAAUCGUCCAAACGAAGUUUCCACAACUUUGGGUCGUGUUUUAGGCUUCCGUUAUUCUUUUUUGAAACAUAAACUUGUAAUUCGAUGAGAAUGCCGAGCGCAACAGUAUUUAAUUUUUGAAUUAAUGAUAGGUUUAUAUUAUAGAAAUAAUUAUAACACAUGGCGCAGUUAGAUUUGCAUGACACUUUCUUAAACGAUGAAGACCACCUGCAUAUUACAAAACAAACAGGAACAUUAUCCAAAAGAAAAACUGAUAAAGAAGAGAAAAUAUCGCCAGAACAUUUAGUUAAAGAGGAUAUGGCAGACAAAAUUGCAACAAUUCUUAUGCACAACUAUGAUGGCAAAUUGUAUGGAGAAGAUGAUACAUCUCAGCCAACUUCAUGUACUGCACCAAUUAUACCUAUUGAAGCUACACGUAAAAAAAAGAAAAGGAAGAGAUCUCAGAUAUCAAUAUGCCUAACAAACUGUCGUUAUGAGUCGAUCCGUAAGGUGGCAAGUGCGUUUGGUAUGAGAGAGGUCUCUGAAGAGGAGGCUUGGAACUUUUACUGGACUGAUAUGAGCGUGUCUGUGGAAAGAGCCAAGGAGAUGAAGAGGUUCCAGAGGAUAAAUCACUUCCCCGGCAUGCUUGAGAUAUGCAGAAAGGAUUUGUUGGCAAGAAACUUAAACAGAAUGCAAAAAAUAUAUCCUAAAGAGUAUAACUUCUUUCCAAAGACCUGGUGCCUGCCUGCCGAUUUUGGCGAGGCACUAAACUAUAGUAAAUCUAGAAAGAACAAGACGUUCAUAAUAAAGCCGGAGUGCGGGAGUCAGGGGCGAGGCAUCUACCUCACGAAGUCACUUAAGGACAUCAAGCCGACGGAUAAAUUAAUUUGUCAGGUGUACUUAUCAAAGCCGUACUUAGUGGACGGUUACAAGUUUGAUAUCAGAGUGUACACUCUCAUAACGUCCUGCGACCCUCUACGGAUAUUCGUCUACAACGAGGGUCUUGUGAGAUUCGCGACCAGCCGCUACGCGGAUCCCAAUGUGAACAACACUACGAACGUGUUCAUGCAUCUGACGAAUUACGCCCUCAACAAACACAGUCGCACAUAUGUCUAUGACUCGGAGGCUGGCAGCAAACGCAAGAUAUCAACUUUGAACAAGAUCCUGCUGUCGCAAGGAGUGGAUUUGGACCGUCUGUGGCACUCCAUCGACCAAGUUAUAGUGAAGACUAUUAUAUCAGCGUGGCCCAUACUGAAACACAGCUACCACGCUUGCUUCCCCUCGCAUGAUAUGGUACAUGCCUGCUUCGAAAUAUUGGGCUUCGACAUUUUACUGGAUCACAAGCUCCAUCCUUUCAUUCUAGAAGUGAACCAUUCGCCAAGCUUCCACACAGACACACAGUUGGAUCGUGAAGUGAAAGAGGGACUGCUGACGGACACACUCACCAUGCUGAAUAUAUGGCAAUGUGACAAGAAGAGAGUCCUGGAGGAAGAUCGCAAGAGAAUACGAGACAGACUGCUGCAGACAAACAAGUUUGCGGAAUACGCUCCGACAGAGGAAAAAGAGCCGGAGAAGAGUCCCUGGCAGACUCAGAUACAGUGGGAAGAGACACAUCUCGGUAACUUCCGACGCGUGUAUCCUGUGGGCGAGCAGUACGCCAGUCUGUUCCAACAGCCCUCGGGCUCAUUAUACACGGGCACGGCCUCCUCACGGGCGAGGGGAGAUUGCGCACGGUUACAGAGAGAGGAAUUCCAGCAAACGAAAGCAAAAGCAGAAGCUCUAAAGAAACCUUCGCAACCCAAGACCAAAGAAGACGAUCAGAAACCUAAAGAAAAGAAAGAGAAGGAAAAGGAGGGAGAAGGUGGUAGUAUGAGCAUCAGCGUUACAACUGACAAGGGUAAGGUUAAAGUUAAGGAACAAAAGAAGAAGGAAGAUAAGCCGAAAGUCGCUUCCAAACCGUCCUUGAUGCAACAAACAGUUUCACCUACAGAGGAAAAAGAGAAGGAGCCGAAGCCGUCUUACGUGACGUGUUCGUAUGAGCCGGACGCUAUCGUUGAGAGAGAAGAAAGAGAAAGGCUCAAUCUAUUGGCUCAGAGGGACUUCCUCAUACGCAGCUAUGGGAUGUUGGAACAGAUAUAUUUGGUAAUGAAAAAAAUGGGUACCCUGCGACCGGAAGAUGAAAGAAAAUAUGGAGUUUAUGGACGUUUAUCAGUCGUGUCUAAUUCACCUAAGAUCAAAUUAAAGAAGCAUCAGGACAAAGUACACAUGGCAAGCAACAAUAAGAGUGAUGUGAAUGACGAUUUCCUAGUGGAGUGUCGCGACGCAGUGUGGAGCGAAAGGCCACAGUGAUGUCACACUUCUAUACAUUUCUACGUAAAACCUUAUUCUAUAAAUAACCAUCGUCGCUUUAAGAUAAUCGGGACAUUGUGUUUUAGUGCCGUUGUUGUGUGCAUGAAAAAAAAAUUAACUUGUAGCUGAAUAGUUGAGAUCCUGUUUUCUCUUAUGAGCACAUAUUUACCAGAUUUAAUCAACUUUACAAAAUUUUGGUAUAAAUGAUAACUCUAUAAGAAUAUACUUAUACUAAUAAUUUGAUUGAUUUUUCAAUUUUAUAUAGAUUUAAUUGUUUUCGAUUAUGUUCCUUUAUAUUAUUUUUCAGAAGUUAAUUUUCUUUUUACAAACCAAUUGAUGGUUGAAAUAAAACAAGUUAGAUAAUUAUCAAAUAUAUAUUUCAUACUCGUCUUAAAAUCAAAUUGUCAGUAGGAUGCGUCAAGACCAGCUUCAUAAUAUCAUAGUUGUAAAAUAGUAAUUUGACAUCCUCCUAAUAACCCUUUAUUAUAAUCAUUGCACUUAACAAUGUCAUUUAAUUAUUUCAGUACUCAACACACCCUGUAUAAUACAAAGUUUAUCGUCAAUAGUUUAGUUUGAUUACUCAGUAAAAUGUUCUUUGUACUUAUCAUACUGAUCAGGAAACAUUAAACUAUCGGCUCAAAUUUCGUAUUCUGGCAGGGUUCUCAGUAAAUGUGUUUUGCCAUUAGACAUUAAAACUGAAGUCUCUUAGCGAGGGAGCCCCCGUCUAUGUUGUCUAGUAACUUCCUUUUUAGAGACGGUUUCUCCACUUCAAUUUUAGUAACAUUCGAAGGCAUCGGUAAUUUGGGUCCAAAUGAUGGAGCUGGUUUGUUACUGUAAAAUAUAGAAUAUAAUUAAUGGUAACCGCUUGUUUACUUGUUUCUCUGAAACUUACUUAUGAUAUCGGAUAUAAUUUUUUCUAGCCAAGUUUGUAUUUGACAAACAUAUUUAUUACUAUGAUAUUAUUUACAACUAUGAGAAGUGAUGACGUGAUAGCCAAAAAAUUUACUAUAAUGCUAUAUUAAUAUCAUAAAUAAAAAAUUAAACAGCCAAAAGCCGGGUAUAACUUUAGAUCAUAUCUUGCAUUAAAGUAAUUUGGCUCUAUCACUAGACAAAACAGUGUCGUAUAGAAAUUUGCUAAACAAAGGCAAUUUAAGAUAACUAUUUGAAGUAUUUGGCGGAUGUUUAUACCUGAAGUAGGGCAUCAUUAGCGCCUGCGUGCAGUCACAACGUCGCGGUGGAUACAGCGCUAGAAGGCUCUCCAGUAAUUGUAUCAGGUCGUCAGCGGCUGCGCUGAAGAUAUGACGCAGCUGUUGAGCCGGGAACUGCUUGUAUUGCACGUAGUCCGUUAGAGUUUUCAUGCCCUGUAAUAACAUUGCAAAAAGGUGUUCAAUUUAGUUUUUAAAUCUGAAUUGAAUAAUAAUUAUGUACAUCGAUCAAAAAACAAAUAUAUAAAAGGAAAUUGUAAAAAAUAUAUGCAAUCAUAAGUUUUAAGACCGAACUGCAUAUUAAGUAAGUGUACUUAAUUAAAUUAAAAAAAUAUAUCAUUCAGAUACUAUAAUUGUAUCAACACAAUAAAAUCAUUCAGAUAUUAUUGCUUGUCUAUGGACAUUUUAGUAUCUGGACUCUUUACUUAAAACAGUAAAAUACUGAUGAAUGUUAUACAUAAAACAAAGCCAGGGGCUUAUCGGAUUGAGUAUUGGCCUAGGUUGCUUUGGUCAUUAAGUAAUAUUUUAAUGGCUUGAGAUAGAGACAAAGUUAUUAAAGCUUAUUUUAUAAAGAU